GGAGGAGACCGUGCACAUAUAUGCACACGCGUAUAUUAUGAUGCUUCUGUCGACACAGCUGUUCAUGGACAAGAGUGCUAAUCGAGUCCACCUUCGUUAGUUACCUUUUGUGGUGAGACUUGACGAUAUGGGCAGCUAUAGCUGGGGCGCCGCUGCAUUGGCGUGGCUGUACCGAUGCAUGUGCAGGGUGACGAACAGAAACGUCACCAACUUGGCUGGACCCCUACAGUUGCUACAGUCAUGGAUCUUUUGGCGGUUUUCCACGCUGAGGCCGUCGGGUUUUGAUGCUUUCUCUUUUCCAUUGGCAUCCAGAUGGGCCACAUAUUUGCCCUCUUCUGAUGGAAAGGAACGGCGGAUUAUACAGUAUCGUCUAGCAUUGGAUCGAUUGACUCAUCGAGAUGUAAGUAUUUUGUUUUUGUUUGUUGUUAUUUUAAUUGUUUUUUUCACACUUAUAUGUAUACAUUGGUAUAAUGCUGACCUUGCCUCCUGUCUAUCAGAUUGUGUGGGAGCCUUAUGGUUUGCUGGACGUACUGGCAGUCAUCCAUCCGGAGAUACUGACCGAGGAGCACAGCCGGUUAUGGCGGGCUGUCACCAGCAUGAUCUACUUUGCAGUUAUUGAGUGGCAUCAGGUAGACAGGGUCUUCCCACAGCUAGGGGGCGUACAGCAUUUGCCUGAGCCAGCGCUCAACAUAGAGUAUCUUCAUAGUAAGGACGGCAGGGGUGGAGAUAGAUGGUUCCCCACUUACUAUAGGACAUGGCAUCAGCAUUGGGACGAGCGAGUUCGUUCUGUGUUGAGUGUUCAGAGAGUUCCUGAUCCUGGUCCAUCCCUUGAGUACCUGGACUAGUGGCACCGUGUUGCACAUAGGAUUCUGUCACCAGGGAUUGCUUUCGCCGACCCUAGGCCGACCCAGUUUCCAAACGAUGCUAUACUCAGAGGGUCGUCGCAGGCGCCGACUAGAGUUCCAGCGUCUGAUAUACCGGAUAACAGACGUUUGGAGCGGAGACGAUGCAUCGGUACACGUGCCACUGAUCGCAACUGGCGCUGGAUAGACGACAUGAUGCAAGAGGAGCAGGUUGGUGGUGAUGACGGAGGCCAGGCAGAUCAUCGCCUUCAUCGAUCUUCUACUAGACGAUGGGCUGCUCGUGGUGGAGGAGCACCUCCCGUCCACCACGAUGACGAGGCAGGAUCGUCCCAUCGGCACCCUACAAACACUCAUGUUGGUGGCACCGCGGAGGCUAGUAUGGGUGGUACACCUUUUACCCACGUAUCUAGCUCUCAGGUACUACAUGGGUGUAGCACACAGCUGUUAGCCGAUCUUGCUACCA